AUGUCCGCACCUACUCCUCGCACUGGCAUCGUUGCCGGCUUCAACAAAGGUCACGUGACGACCCGCCGCCCGCGCCAGCCGUCGCCCAAUGACCGCUUUUCCGUCCCCCACAAGCGCCUGCGCGCUGUGAAGGCUAUCAUCGCUGAUUUAGUAGGCUUAUCCCCCCUGGAGAAGCGCGUGCAAGAGUUUCUGCGUGUUGGAAAGGAGAAGCGCGCCUUGAAGUACUGCAAGAAGCGUCUCGGAGACUUCACUGCGGCCAAGAAGAAGCGCUCGAAAAUGGAGGAAGCACUCCGCCACGCGACCAAGAAGCACCAUUAA